AUGUUACAAGAAGCACUGUCUCCCGUGGCCAAGUUGCAGACAAUUGACUUUGCCAAACUGGCCUAUAGGGAUGCAGAGGAAAUCUCUCGAAUGGUGCAGAUUGCGACCCACGAUGGAUUCUUCUACUUGGAUCUGAGAGGAUGGAAAGAUGGCCAGCUUAUCCGCUCCUUGAAUGUGUGCAACGGUAUCGUUGAGGAAUGGUUCAAGAAGCCCAACGAAGAGAAAGCAAAGACGGUCACUCUCUCUGAUGCCCAUGGGUACAAGCCCGUCGGACAGCAAUCUGGAGUCAAGGAAGGCCAGAGGGAUGGCUAUGAGUCUCUCCGCCUCUCACGCGAUGCCCAGCUCUCGCGCGAUCCGCUGCCAGAAGUGGUCAGACAAAGUCUCCUGACAUUUGAUGAUUUGCACUUCGGCGCACAUCUUGUGACGAAGACAAUUCUCUCCGCAUUGGCAGAUGCAACAUCGAAUGAUGGGAAGAUCCAAAGUUUCCUCAACACCCAUCUCGAUGACAAGCAGUCGCGAUCAGCUCUGUAUUUCUUGCACCACCCACCGAAGCCUGCAGGAUCCCAAGGCCUGGGUCAGAACAUUCAUACAGACGCAGGCACAUUGACUCUGCUGUUCACACAACAGCCGGGGCUGCAGGUGCUGUCGCCGACAACGGGCGAGUGGGAAUGGGUACAUACACGCGAAGGCCACGGCGUUGUCAAUGUUGGGGACACUUUACGGUUCCUGUCAGGCGAGCGAUUCCGAUCAGCAUUGCACCGUGUUUUACCGCUUACUGAUGAACUUGGUGCCCAACCUUAUGAUCGGUACUCGACAGCGUACUUUUUACGAGCUGCAGACGACGCUGUCUUCAUUGGAAAUGACGGGAAGAACACGACGGCGGAUGAAUGGUUCCUGCGCAAAUUUCAUAGUUUCACGCAGGAUCGGUCAGUACAGCGGUUGGAUUCGGUGGCCUUUGGUGGUAGCUUUGUCAAACACUACUAUGCCGCAUUCGACAAUGACAGGACUAGCCUGGCCAAUUUAUAUCGUGCGGAGUCCAUGUUAGUCUGGGAGGGUCAGCCACACCAAGGCGCAGAAAAUAUCAUGACAGCCUGCAAUAGACCCGAGUUCGAGGCUGUGCAAACCGUGGUCACUACCACAGACGCCACACCAGCUCCUCAGUCGGGAGUGCUUGUGGCUGUUACUGGACGCAUUUCCGCCAACAAGCAUUAUGACAAGACAUUGGUGUUUGCAUCGACCUUCCUCUUGCAACCCACCCCUGGACAGCUUGGCGGAUACUUUAUUUACAGUCAAACCUUUAGAAUAAUCGCUGAUUUGUGA